CAUACCUGCCGAAACCCUAUUAGAAGAAGAACACGCCUCCCAGUGUGCACAGCGCAACUGACCAAGGAGUUGUGGUUGAAAAUAAUGCUGUGUCAUGGCGUUUCCUCAGCCUAAACCUCAGGCUCCUCAGCUUCCUCAGCAUCUCCUCAGGACCAUUAACUGUCAGCAGGGAGCUGUCAGGGCUGUUCGCUUCAAUGCUGAUGGGAACUACCUGCUGUCCUGUGGUAGUGACAAGUCUCUGAAGCUGUGGGGUGUGAGCAGAGGGACCCUGUUAAAGACAUACAGCGGCCAUGGAUAUGAGGUUCUAGAUGCUGAUAGUUCCUAUGACAACAGCCAGCUUUGCUCCUGCAGCUCAGAUAAGAGUGUGAUCCUGUGGGAUGUUGCCUCUGGCCAGGUCAUUCGCAAACUCAGAGGUCACGCUGGGAAAGUCAACUGUGUGCAGUUCAAUGAGGAGGCCACUGUUAUUUUGUCUGGAUCCAUUGACGGGACAGUGAGGUGCUGGGAUACCAGGUCCAGGAGGUUUGAGCCCAUUCAGGUUCUGGACGAGGCGAAGGACGGUAUCAGCAGUGUGAAGGUCGUACAACAUGAGCUGCUUACUGGAUCAGUGGAUGGCAGAGUGAGGCGCUACGACCUCAGGAUGGGACAGCUGCAUGUGGACUUCAUCAACAGUCCCAUCACGUGUGUGUGCUUCAGUCAGGACGGUCAGUGCACACUGAGCUCCAGUCUGGACUCCGUGGUCAGACUGCUGGAUAAGAGCACAGGGGAAAUGCUGGGAGAGUAUACAGGACAUAAGAUGAAGAGCUACAAACUGGACUGCUGUCUGUCCAGUAAGGACACACAUGUCCUCAGCUGCUCUGAGGACGGACAUGUCUACUGCUGGGACCUGGUUGAGGGGUCUUUGUCCUUGAAGCUGCCCGUGGGUAAAGCCGUGGUUCAGUCACUGUCCUUCCACCCCACAGAGACCUGCCUCCUCACGUCCAUGGAAGGCUGUGUCCAGGUGUGGGCAGCGGAGCCAGAGGAGACGCAGGAGGAGGUCACCAUGGCAACAUAACACAUAGGUGUUAGAGCUGAUCACUCACACCACAUUCAAGGACCACAUGGACACACUUCUUUACACGUGUGAUACAAAUAGAUUUUUAAUGUGUUAACAGCUAUGUUAAAAGAGGUAAGACUGUAUCAGAACUGUCCCUGGGAAAAAAGUGGUAUGAAGCAAUCUCUCAUUUUUAGUUUGGACUCACAAACAUUGUCUAUUUUUUUUUUCAAUGUGUGUGAAACAAUCCUAUAAAUACUGUAUAUUUUCUUGAAUAAAAAUAAGCGUCAUUAAACCUU